CCGCGGGGCGGGGCUCGCGCUCUCCCUGGUAACAGCAGCGCUGCGGGGCCGCGCCCGGCCAGGCCUCCCCCCGCCGCCAUGCAGGGCGAGGACGCCCGGUACCUGAAGAGGAAGGUAAAAGGAGGCAACAUAGAUGUGCAUCCAUCUGAGAAAGCCCUCAUUGUCCACUAUGAAGUGGAAGCAACAAUUCUGGGAGAGAUGGGAGACCCUGUGCUGGGGGAACGCAAGGAAUGUCAGAAAAUCAUUCGGCUAAAGAGUCUAAAUGCAAAUACAGAUAUUGCUUCACUGGCUAGAAAGGUGGUUGAAGAAUGCAAACUCAUUCACCCCUCCAAACUUGCAGAAGUAGAACAACUGCUAUAUUAUCUGCAGAACCGAAGAGAUGCCUCAGCAGGGAAAGAAAAGAAAGAGAAAGCCAGUAAGCCAAAAGAUCCACCCCCAUUUGAAGGAAUGGAGAUUGAUGAAGUUGCCAAUAUCAAUGACUUGGAUGAGUACAUUGAAUUACUGUAUGAGGAUAUUCCUGACAAGGUGCGCGGCUCUGCCCUCAUUCUGCAGCUGGCUAGGAAUCCUGAUAAUUUGGAAGAACUGCUUAUCAAUGAAACUGCCCUGGGUGCACUGGCUAGAGUGCUGAGGGAAGACUGGAAACAAAGUGUGGAGCUUGCUACCAAUAUAAUUUAUAUUUUCUUCUGCUUUUCAAGUUUUUCUCAGUUUCAUGGAAUAAUCACACACUACAAAAUUGGAGCUCUCUGCAUGAAUAUCAUAGAUCAUGAACUGAAGAGACAUGAGCUUUGGCAGGAAGAACUUGCUAAAAAGAAGAAGGCUGAUAUCCUUUUGAAAUACUGGGAUCCUGAAAAUCAAACUCUCAAAAAAGACUGUGAGAAAACUUACAAGAAAUAUCAAGGAUUGGUUGUCAAGCAGGAACAGCUACUCAGAGUUGCACUUUACCUGCUCCUGAAUCUUGCUGAGGACACUCGCACUGAGCUGAAGAUGAGAAACAAGAACAUUGUCCAUAUGUUAGUCAAAGCACUGGACCGUGAUAACUUUGAGCUGCUUAUCCUGGUUGUGUCUUUCUUGAAGAAACUCAGCAUUUUUAUGGAGAACAAAAAUGAUAUGGUUGAAAUGGAUAUUGUUGAAAAACUUGUGAAAAUGGUGCCCUGUGAACAUGAAGACCUGCUGAACAUCACUCUUCGACUCUUAUUAAAUCUCUCCUUUGACACAGGCCUGAGAAAUAAAAUGGUACAAGUUGGUCUGCUUCCCAAACUCACUGCACUUCUUGCAAAUGAAAACUACAAACAAGUAGCAAUGUGUAUUCUGUAUCACAUAAGCAUGGAUGACCGCUUUAAGUCAAUGUUUGCCUACACAGACUGUAUCCCAAAGUUAAUGAAGAUGCUUUUUGAAUGUCCUGAUGAGCGAGUUGACCUGGAACUUAUUUCUUUCUGUAUUAACCUUGCUGCUAACAAAAGAAACGUGCAACUCAUCUGCGAAGAAAAUGGUUUGAAAAUGUUAAUGAAGCGGGCUUUGAAAUUUAAGGACCCAUUGUUAAUGAAGAUGAUCAGGAAUAUUUCACAACAUGAUGGGCCAACUAAAAGCCUGUUUAUUGAUUAUGUUGGUGACUUAGCAGCUCAAAUAUCAAAUGAUGAAGAGGAAGAAUUUGUGAUUGAAUGCUUGGGAACGCUUGCAAAUUUGACCUUACCAGAUCUGGACUGGGAACUUGUGCUGAAAGAAUACAAGCUGGUUCCCUACCUCAAGGACAAACUAAAACCAGGUUCUGCGGAAGAUGACCUCAUUUUGGAAGUGGUGAUAAUGAUUGGAACGGUUUCUAUGGAUGACUCCUGCGCUGCUCUGCUGGCUAAAUCUGGAAUCAUCCCUGCACUCAUUGAGCUUCUAAAUGCUCAGCAGGAAGAUGAUGAGUUUGUCUGCCAGAUCAUCUAUGUGUUUUAUCAGAUGGUGUUCCACCAAGCCACCAGAGAUGUCAUUAUCAAGGAAACCCAGGCUCCAGCAUAUCUUAUAGACCUGAUGCAUGAUAAAAAUGCUGAGAUUUGCAAAGUUUGUGACAACACUCUGGAUAUUAUAGCGGAAUAUGAUGAAGAAUGGGCUAAAAAAAUCCAGAGUGAGAAGUUUCGAUGGCACAACUCUCAGUGGCUGGAUAUGGUGGGCAGUCGGCAGAUGGAUGACAGUGAACAGUAUCUGUAUGGUGAUGAUCGUAUUGAGCCCUACAUCCACGAAGGGGAUAUUCUGGAGAGACCUGACCUCUACUACAAUGCAGAUGGCCUCGUAGCCCCUGAUGGAGCAGUCAGUCCAGAUUUCUUUGGUGAUUACAAUCUUCAGAAUGGAGACCUCAUCGGGCAGCAUCCCUUCUCCAGCAGUACUUCAAUGCGGGAGUGGUGCUUCCAGAACAUGAGUGCUUCAUUGCUAAGAGCUUUUGAAUGUGAGCUUGAAUUUCUCUGUGUCUAGUCUAAAAUAUCCAUAUCAGUACUAAACUAGAGUUCUCUCUUUCCUACUCCUGGAUUUGUAAGUAGUGGUCAUGUUUUCUUCUAGUUGUCACUUUAUAACUUUUUUUCAUACUGUGUUCUCAGAUCUAUGUUUACAGAAAUUAAAUACUGCAACUUGAUCAUGUUAUAACCCAGUUGAGUUGUCACUACUAUGUAUUUUACCAAAUUAUGCUGUUUAGAUGUGGACAGUUACUCUGGCAUUUUUGAAGACCAGGACUCUGAUAAUUCAAGAGGAAGAAAGUUUUUCUGUGACCCGUAUUCAUCAAUACUGUUUUGCUAGAGUGUGUAGAUCUAUGCAUACUGCAGCAUUAAAGGAUUAGGACCCAGCACUGCCCAUAAUAUGGGAAUGUUCAACAUAAGGACAAUAUUCCUCAUAUCAGAUAUUCCAUACUCAGCAACUUCUUUUAUGUGCUUGGGUGCUUACUUGUUAUUAUUCUGUUCUUGGACUGUAUCAGAAGCAGCUUCCAACCGGCGCUCCUUUUUAUCUCCGAACACACAAUGUCCACAGUGCAGCAUACAGUUCUUGCUCCAAAGAGCUAACACUUAAGACCUGAAGGGAACCAAAGACAAGAAGAGAAGUUACUCAUCCAGAGUCAGGUGGCAGAGCUUGGAGUAGAGCAGUGCUCUUCUGACGUCUCUCACAGUGCCCUGAUGACUGGACCACACCACCUCUCCAAGGUGUGUGGUCCGUCAUCACGAAGGAUCGCGUUGCACUUCUUUCAUUGACUGUAAGAGCUGUUUAAUUGCUCUGAACAAUUACCCCAGUAUGCUGAGAGAUUAAAUAGCUGGCUUGGAAACAUUUUAAAGGUGCAAUUUUUUUCAGCAUGCCAUUUAGGAAGAGAGUUUGCAUUGAGGUUUUAAUGCUCUUCAGCUCUUUCGGAACAUAGGAUACUUGGGCCUCUUUCACUUGCAGUUACUUCUCUUCAGUUUCUUGGUAGUUGCUUUUUUGUGUUACUAUAUUCCACCUGCCGUUGGCCUCAUUUAACUGACAUGGUUUAGGUGGCUAUUAAGAAUUUUAAAAUAAUACUAAAAUACUGUAGAAGUUAGCUCAAGUCCUUUGGAAUGUCUUACCAAAAAAGUCCCCCCAAACCUGGGCCUGUCUUUUCUGAAAUGUAACAUUAAUUCCCACGUUGUGUCUGCUGCUCUUAGUCCCUCCAGAUGUGCUACUAGGAAUAGACUGGCUCCCUAGUUACAAGCCAUCUGGGCUCUGUAAACUGAUUUGCACUUAUAUUAAACAAUAAGUGAACAGAAUGCGGAAGAGUUAUUAAAGCAAAUGUACAUUGCUUAUAAAUCUCAAAGUAAAAUAUUAAAAUGCAGUAAAUGGGAAUGGAAUGUGCAAAUGAAGACCUGCUUGGUUUUUAAUGAGUUUAGCUGUGACCUUCUCGAUUUCAAACGAAAUAAAACAAUUUUAUUUUUCUCUUUAAAAAAAAAAAAGAAAAAGAAACUAUAAAGCUGCUUACAGAAGUAUCUGAGACAAAAACAAGGAAAUAUAAUGUUCUAAACUUGACUGGUCCAAACCACUCAAGCUGCUGUGACAGCUCAUAAAACUGAGAGUAGUUUUUAACUGGACUCUGUUUUACGUUGCCAGAGUGAAUUUUCCUUGCAGGAAGUAGCCAGAAGGUUUAUUUAGUUUCCAGACUGCCGCUUUGAUCUUUCCAUUCUGUCACUUCUCAGGUUACAUAGCCCUUUUUCACUGCAGUAAAUCUGCAACAGUUAAUGAGAAUAAAAUUUCCUCCUUCUCACUGAUCGCAUGCUGUUAAAUGCCAAACCACAGCCAGCAGCAUAUUUGCAGAAUUCAGCUGCACUGUACAAAAACAGCACAAUCAGUUUAAUCUUGUUGGUUUUGUAAUUCAUUUUAUUGAGCUUUCCUUUUUCAAGUGACCUAUUUUAUCAAGACAAGCAGUUGCAAGGCCAGACCUGGAAGAAAGAUUUAAAACUGUAAUAAAGUGAAGGGUGUUUUGUAUGCUAUGGAUAAGCAAUGCUCACAGGAUUCAAAACAAAACCCACAAUGAGUAGUUUUUUUUAACCCUGUGUAUCAGUUGCACAUUUAUGGCUAUUAUCAGAACUGAAUAUAUGCUGCAAAUAAGUCUCUGGUAUAAAAACUAACAUUUCAAA